AGACUUUAUUCUUGUUAUUUCUUAGUGUAUGGCGACAUUAGGCAUUGUUGUUUUAGCGAUCAACCUAAAAUACCUAACUAUAUUUUGUUUGUCAGCUCCGUCCACUGGUAUUUAUUCCGGCCGAUUGUGACAUGUACGAGUUUUCGCGGAUGUGAACGCAGCCUCAGAGGCACCAGCGGACGUUAGCAAAGUUUUACCUGUCAACAAACUGAAGCAAGUCGACUCCGGAACGCUUCAACCGGCAGUUUUUAUGAACCAAACACGGUUUGAACUCGUUUCUCUACUUUAAUUGUGAGUCUACUCCGAAUGUAGGAGGACACAGAGAUAUGUUAAAUGUCUCAGGUGCGAAUAAAGCAGAGGGCAGACAUGGAAACCUGCGGUGUGUCAGCGCUGGACAGACCCGCGGCCGAGCUGACCGUCAUGGACGUUUACGACAUCGCGGCGGUGCUCGGCCAGGAGUUUGAGCGGAUCAUUGACCGGUUCGGCUGCGAGUCUCUGGUCGGAGUGGUGCCCCGGGUGGUGCGGGUGUUGGAGCUGCUGGAGGCCCUGGUGGGCCGAGGGGCCGCCGGACAGGAGACCGAGGAGCUGCGGAGAGAGCUGGAGAGGCUGCGGCAGGAGCGGAGCGACAGAUACGAGCAGGAGAGGAAGCAUCAGAAGGAGUUGGAGCUGGUGGAAGACGUAUGGAGAGGAGAAGUGCAGGACCUGCUUUCUCAAAUCACUCAGCUUCAGGCAGAGAACAAGAGGCUGUUAGUGAGCCUCUCUCUCAAGGAGACUCCCAUCACGGAGGAAGACCUGCAGAAACAUGAGGGAAUGUCUGAGAAAGAAAGACAGGUGAUGAAGAAGCUGAAAGACUUGGUGGACAAACAGAGAGAUGAAAUCCGGGCUAAAGAUCACGAGCUGAUACUUAGAAAUGAGGAUGUUGACGCGCUCCAGCUGCAGCAGCAACGGCUGAUAAGGAUCAACCAGGACCUUCUCCACAGGAUAGGAGUGAUGGAGGCUCAGGGCAAGUCGCUGAUCCAGCAGAGGGCUGAGCUGGAGGCUGCAGCUCAGGCACAGCAGCAGGAGUUCGGAGCUCUGCAGCUGGAGCUCACGAGGCUCAGAAAGGAGCUCCAGGAGUGGGAACUAGAGAGAGAACUCAUUACGAUAGAAGAGUUCCCUUCUUCGCGAUCUGGAGUGUCAUCACCUUCAUCACCUCUCAUGACGCCCUCAGCUGCCGAGCUUUAUAAACCAAAUUCAGUGUGGGUGGAGUGUGGAGGAGACUCAGGCUUUCUGGCAAACUGCUUUGAGCGCGACAAGAGUCUUUCCCCACUCCCAAAGUCAGCGAACAGAGAGAAGAAUGAGGAAGAGAGUGGCGAAGAUGACAACACUACAUCAAUGUUACUGAAAGGAUCACCUGAUACAGAGCCAGAGGAGGAUACAGACAAACCUCGCUUCACCCUGCAGGAGCUACGGGACGUCCUGCAGGAAAAAAAUGAACUCAAAGCCCAGGUGUUCAUGCUCCAGGAAGAGCUGACGUAUUACAAAGGUGAGGACUUUGAGGAUAGCAUCAGUUCCAUCGUGUCCACUCCGUCUCCUCCACCAUGUGCCACUUCUUCUGAUCCGCCUGAAUCAGGAAUUAGACGCUUGAUCUUCACUGCUAUAAUGCCGAUGGUGGCAGCUGGUUUGAUCACAGAUGACCCCACGUUGUUACCAAUCAGAAGACUUGUUUCCUUUAUGUGACCUUAAAUUUCAACUCUUUACAAACAGAUGCUCUUAUUUUUUAACAGCACCAUCUCAACACCAAUUUGCUUACAAGAAUUUGUUUAAUGUCUGCCUUUCUCAUUUAUUUUAAACAAAUCUGUGUUUAUAUACUUGAAAUUCAGGUGAAUUAAUGAUGUCUUUAUUUAUGUUGACUUUUAUGGUACAUUUUGGUUGUAUUUUUUUAACUUGAUAAGAGCUUUAAGUGAACCUCAGUAGUUCAAAUGUGAGACAACUGUCCAUACCAGGACAAUUUUAAAUAUAUUUAUGACCUUUUAGGGUUUGUUCUUUCGUAAAGUCACCACCUUUCAGUGCUUCAGUUGAUAUAUAAUAAGGAAAUAGCUUUGCUUCAUUCAUUGUAAUGUUGCACAUGCUGAUGUCAAAGUUUCUUGCUCAGGUUUCUCAUUGCAUUUCUUUAUCAAAACACAGAAAUGGUGUCAGUGCACUUCAUGUCAUACAGUAUUUUCUUACUAGUUUGACAAGUAUUGCCUGUAAUGUAGAGAGCUCCCCGAAGAAUCAGCUGUGUUUUCACCAUACAGUCUUUGGUUUUCACCGAUGUUUUAAGCUCCUUAGCAGUCUUUGAAUCAUGAUGUCAUUAUCAGGAAUGGCUCCAUCUGCCAUGUGGCCUAUAAAUUGAACGUCUUGUGUAAUUUAUUUCAGAAGAUCACGUAUAUCUGAUGGGAAAUUACUGCUCAGAUGUCUGGUUUGUGUACUGAAAAGAGCUAGAUGAUCAUACGUCCGUAUGAGAUCAUCUUCUAGAUUGUUGUAAAGAGGAUAUUACUACCAAUCAGAAGACUUAUAACAAUAUACACUGCCACCAUAACCUGCGCUUCACACCAGGAAAACGUCCUGGUAAAGCUCCUGAAGAAAUAUGUAAUGACAUUAGGCUUGCACAAUGUAUAGUUUUAGCAUCAGCAUCUCUAUGUGCACAUAUGCAAAAGUCACAUCACUGAAAGUGCAAUGUGAAGUCAGUCCAAUCAUGCUACAACUUUUUUUGCUGCUUGAUUCAGAAAACCCAUUCAAUUCUUAUUUUCUCUGGCCAAUCUACAAGAGAGGUCUGUCUGCUAGAACCUAUUUAACUCUAAUUUAUAGCUUCUCAGAUGGACUCAGAUCUUCGUUUGUUUUUUACUUUAUUGACAUUAACUUCUUUUCCAACCUAAAAAAAAUAUAUAUAUAUAUUUUUGAUGCAAAUGCACUCCCUGACAAAAUCCCAAUCACCCUGUCGCUAUUCAUAUAAAUAUAUGUAAAAUGAAAAGUGCCAGGACACACCUGUAAAAUAAUGUUUAUUCAGAAUGAAGCAAUAAAGUUUUAUUUUUCA